GCCGCACUUCCGCCUCGGUGUCAGCGGCGCCGGGCUGGGGGGGGGUGUAUUGCUGCGGCGGCGGCGGGGCCGUCGCAGGAGCGCGGUGUCAGAACUCGUGAAAGGCAGACAAGCAAGAUGGGAAAAAUAACAGGAAAAAGGCCCUUUUUUUUAAAAUAAUAUGCCACCAGAACUUCUGCAUGGUAACAAAGAUAAUCUGAAACAGCUUGGCAUUUGCAAACGAAGAUCUCGAGCACACAAAUACUUAAUUUUUAAAUCAAGCUCAACAAUGCAUUAGAGGAAGCUGGAUUGGGUGUACAGAGAUUUCAUGCUGAAGGAUGAACAGUGAAGAAGAGUUUUAUGAUGCCGUUACGGGCUUCGAUUCUGACAAUUCUUCGGGGGACUUCUCAGAAGCAAAUCAUAAAGCUGCAGAAAUGCUCGAUCUAGAUCCACACCAAAGCAAUAGGACUGGAAAACAUAAUGGAGAGACAGAGAUUCAAGAAAAUGGAAUUAAGAAACACAGGACAUCAUUACCUGCCCCGAUGUUUUCUAGAAGUGAUUUUAGUGUGUGGAGCAUAUUAAAAAAAUGCAUUGGACUGGAGCUGUCUAAAAUUACGAUGCCCAUUGUCUUCAAUGAACCAUUGAGUUUCCUUCAACGGAUAACAGAGUAUAUGGAACAUAUAUACCUCAUUAAUAAGGCUUGUAGUCAUGCAAAUCCCCUGGAAAGAAUGCAGGCUGUAGCUGCUUUUGCAGUUUCUGCUGUAGCUUCUCAGUGGGAGAGAACUGGCAAACCAUUUAAUCCACUUCUAGGAGAAACCUAUGAAUUAACAAGGGAGGAUUUAGGUUUUAGGUUUAUAUCUGAGCAAGUCAGCCACCACCCACCUAUUAGUGCAUUUUAUUCUGAAGGCCUCAAUAAAGACUUUGUAUUUCAUGGAUCAAUCUACCCCAAACUAAAAUUCUGGGGAAAGAGUAUAGAAGCUGAGCCUCGGGGAACAAUUACAUUGGAGCUGCUGAAACAUAAUGAAGCUUAUACAUGGACAAAUCCAACCUGUUGUGUACAUAAUGUAAUUAUUGGUAAACUGUGGUUAGAACAAUAUGGAAUGGUAGAAAUUGUAAAUCACAGUACUGGAGAUAAAUGUGUCCUAAAUUUUAAACCAUGUGGACUGUUCGGGAAAGAGCUUCACAAAGUAGAGGGAUACAUCCAGGACAAAAACAAAAGGAAGCUAUGUGUGAUCUAUGGCAAGUGGACAGAAUGCUUAUGGUGCACUGAUCCCACCACAUAUGAAGCUUACAAAAAGAAUGAAAAGAGAGGUGGUGAGCAGAAGAAACCGAAGCCGAGUGAAGAUGUUAUUAAAUCUGAAAAUGAUGAGGCUGAUGAUAUGCCAGAGGUUCAAGACACAGUGCAGUUCAUACCAGGCAGUAAAUUGCUUUGGAGAAUAAAUUGUAGGCCACCAAACUCAUCACAGAUGUACAAUUUCACAAGUUUUGCUGUGAGUCUCAAUGAGCUAGAAAAGGGUAUGGAAGCAAUAUUAGCUCCUACUGAUUGUCGGCUGCGUCCAGAUAUCAGAAACAUGGAAGAUGGAAACAUGGAUCUGGCUAGCAAGGAAAAAGAGAGACUAGAAGAGAAACAAAGAGCUGCUCGCAAGGAGCGUGCAAAAGAUGAAGUGGAGUGGCAGACACGAUGGUUUCAUCAAGGCAGUAACCCAUACACUGGGACUCCAGAUUGGCUGUACUCAGGUGGCUAUUUCGAUAGAAAUUUCUCAGACUGUCCAGACAUAUACUGAAAUUACUGAACCAAUAGCUCAUCUCAUCUGGACAUCUAGUUACUAGAUUGCAUUCUAAGCCAGUUACUCUGGUUUUGUUAAUAGCAGAAGCCAGCUUUUCUAAGUAAAUUUUAACAAAAAUUCUAUCACUCAACAAUCGAGGAUUUAAUUAUCGCUAACUUUGGAUUGCCAGAUAUUUAAAUACUGUUGCAUUAUUUCCAAAAAGCUGAAAAUCAUCAAAUUUUCACUAAUUUUUAAAAUGAUCUUUGGUUGUUCUUUUCUUUUCCUAGUUUCUUUGCCAGAAAGAUAUGCCAUAUCUGGUAGAGCUUGUAACAACCUUAAACUAUGUAACUUUAAUAAAAUAAAUAGAGAUAAUAUCCUUGUUACUUAGUACAGCAGCGAAGAAUCUGAGUUUUGGGGAACUUGGAAUAGAGAUGAAAAGUUAGUACGAUACAAACAUGAUUACAGUUAGUACUGUUGCUAUUCCCCAUGAAGAUAUGUAUGUGAAAUUUUUAGAUGGUAUGUAGCACUACGUGGGGAUUGGAGCUUCUGGCCCCUCCCUCCCUCCCUACCUCUUUCUCUCUCUCUCUCUCAAGCCGGUUCAAUACUUCAAAGACUAGCAGGAACAAAACACAAAAUGUUAGCUUCUCAAACUGUAGUUGUCUGUUACAGAGUCUUCACAAUCUUUGGACACUGUGAGUAUUAAACUGUGUACCUGUGAUAAAAUUAUACAAAACAGGGGAAGGGAAGGGUGCAUUAAAAAAAAAAAGACUGCUUUUUCUGAAGUAAAAUGCUGUUCUUAAAAUAUAGGAAGCUUCAGAAAUAAUUGUAGGAAUGUUGAGGUAGUUAUAAUGUAAAAUAUUGCUUGCUACCACUUGGAGCCUUAGAUCUCCAGCACUACUUUUGGCAGCUUUGGCACUGUGUAUACUUGUAGACUAAACUUUCAUUUGGAAGCACUUGGUAGACAUAUCCACCCACAUUCAUAUUUUGGGGAUGUUUUUGUUUGCAUGUCUUUAUUAAGUUAUGUCUGUUGUCUGUGUCGUGAAAAAGCAGAACCAAUUUAAAGCUGUGGCAUAGUUAAUACCUAUUACAAGUUUUCAAAUUUUGUGAGCACGUGCAGUCAUACAAGUGGAUUUUUUUUUUGUUCCUUGUUGAAAUAUCGAAGCCAUAUAAUACUGGAACUCUUAACUACAGAUCAAUUAUUGAUGCAUUCAUUUUCCUUCAAAAUGAUACACUUCUGAGAGGGGGAAAGAGGCUUGGAAAAUUUAAGUCAGACAAUUUUAAUUUUAAUGUUGCUUGGGUUUUUUAAUGAAAUCUUUUAAUUUAAUAACCAGGGAAACUGCAGAGUGGCUGCAGUGCAGCUAAGUUUACAGUAAUUCAGACAUUGCUGGUGUUAAGCACCAGCAGCUUGAAUUAGUGGAAGAAUUGAUCUAAGUGAUGCCCAAACACUUGUGGUUUCAUCCAAAGACUAGCUCUAGAAUUGCUUCUCCCAGACAAAGGAUUAAAAAAUAAAAGAAAAACAUCACCUUGGUGAAGCGUUUUUGUAGGAAAUCAUGCAUUUAAAGAUCAGAUUAACUUUAACUUUGUUGGGAUUUAGUUGCCUUCUUCAUUGGAAAAAUAAACAAGAGAAACUGUAAAAAUUCAAUGCAAUAAAUAAGGGCAUAAUCUGAAAUGUGCUCAUGGCAACCUUUUUCUAUUGCCAGAAAUUGGACUUUGUCUGAAAGACUGCAAUGAGCAUAAAACCUAGACUUGGAAAUGUGGGGCAAACAAAUUAAUAUUUGUUCCCAGUAGACGCUUGGCUUUUAAGAGAGAUUGCUGAUCCUCAUGGAACAGCAUAAAAAUACUUUUAGCUUUUCUGUAAAAAUGUGAUGGCUUUUACAGAUACUGUAUCCCCCUUUCUAAACUCACUGUAAGCAUAGUAGGGAACCAUUUAUGUAGGUGAGGCUUGAAAGAAUGCAUAUAUUAAGCUGGUUUAAAAUAUCAAAGUUUAAAACUUUUUUGAACUAAAUAGCAUGUCCAGUGUUAUACUACUGUUUUUAAAGCAUUAUGUGUAAAUUGAAAUUGCCAGAAUGGAAAAAUGAUAGUAUUUGCUAAAGAAAUACUCUAUACUCUAUAAGAAAUAAUGUACAGGUUAGCAACUCUCUCUAAAUUAAAUCUAAGUCAAGAUUUAAAUUCGGAAGACCUAACCUCUUUUAUGCAAAAACAUGAAAAGAUCAUAGCAGCAUGUUUAAUCCAAACUGCAUUAUAGCCUUUUCAUGUAUUAAAAAAGGGAAGACCUCUAAAAUAAGACCAUUUUUUUCUUUAUCCCCUUCUCCCCUUCCAUUAGUGUAUUGGGUUUUUUUGGUAAAAAUUCUGUCUUGGUUGCAAGCCUAUUCUCUAUAUAGUUUAUUAUUCUUCAUUGAAAAUAUUUACAAAAUAUUUUUCCAUCACUGAUGAAAAGUAUGUGUUUGGCUGGCCAUGAGAUGCAUACUACAAAAUUUUGAUUACUCUGAAAGUGGAAAAGUUUUAUUUUAAAUGCAGAUCUCACCUCAGUAGUUUACUUGUCAAAACAUUGAUAACUUUGCACCUUUUAAAAGAAUGUCACUUUUAUAACUUGAUUAAACACUGACUGUAUAUAAAAUAACUGUGUUAGUAUAUGUUAAUAUAGCUGUGUAGAAAUAUCAUCUAGAAAGAAAUUAUUAUAAAUCCUUAACACCCUUUAGACCUCUAGAUGGUGAGAGAGAGGUUUUUGUAAAGUGUGACCUUCAUACUAGGGCAACUGUUUUGUAGGGCAAGGAAACGGUUGGAGAUUACUCUGGCUUUAUUGCUGAGCCAGUGUCAGAUCACUUACAUUUUGUGUUCCUCUUGAUGCUUAUAGACAAAUAUGAUUUAAAUUAGAGCUUUGGACACCCCCGUCCUUCCCAGAUUUCGCUCUUUCUGCAUGUAAGUGGACUCAAUUCUUUAACAGUGUGUUGCUGUGCAGUACAUUGGAUAUAAGAAAUGUGGGAUGAUACCAAUGUACACUGAGAGCUGUCAUGGCAAAGGGCACGUAGUUGGUGGAACUCAUUUCUGAAAUGUGCAAGGCAAAAGAAAGGGCCUGGGAGUCUUGGUGGGAACAUUCUUACUGCAGCAGGAGCCGCACAAUACUAUGUGCUAAAAGAAGCCAAGUGUUAACUGGAGAAGGGGAAUAAGUGGAGUUUUACUGUAAAAAAAAAAAAAAUAGUGGCAGUGAAAAACUUACUUUAUAGUCACUGUAUAGCUUCUUGUUUGUCUUUGAGGCCAAUGUCAUAUUGCAGAUUGAGAACAGCUUUUUCAAACAUCAAGCAUUUAUAUAAUUACUAGUACCUAGAUUAAUGAUGACAGGAAGUGUAUACUCUAAAGUAGUAAGAAAAACAACUAAUUAGCAGUAUUUAUCUCAUUCUAAUAAUUAAAAAUCAAUUCUCAGUUCUUUGAAAUAAAACAGUGAGACUUUAUUUUUCUGAAGUUAAAAAAAUCUCCUAAAUCUCUUCUAAAGUUGAACUGCUGUAAAAGACUUCAGCUCCGCUGUUGUAGGGCGUUGUGGGUGACGAAGCGGCCAGUGUCUAACGGCGGAGCGCAGCGGCCCCUCGGUCCCUCCUCGGCGGGGAGGCCAAGGGCUGCGCUUCCCCCGAGCGUCCAGUCCCUCCCGCUAGACCUCCUGCUGAGCGCCGCAGGCAUUUGGCUGUACUCUGUGGCUUGUGCUCAUUGAAAACACCCAUGACCUAGGUCACCUGUAUGAUAAAGCAAUACUUAAAUUAUGUAAAGCUCAUUAUUUCUAACACCUGGUUUGACUUUUGGUAUGUUUUUAUAGCAUGAAAAGAUUAAAAAUGCUUAUAUCCAGAAUUCCAGUCCACUCUGAUUUCUACUUCUAUGAAGCUUCUUGCCUUACUGGAUUGCAGUUUCCCUGCUCCUCGCCCCGCGUCUGCCUUGCCCACCUUGCAUGAGCCUGCUGGCAACAAAAAUGCUCUGGUGAAAUGGAUUUAUUUUUAUAAUAUUUAAUAACUGUCAAUACCCAUCUCUAUUAACAACCGUUGGGCUUUUUAGAGACGUCUGUACAGGUUUGUGGACAUACGUGUAAAACUGUAAAUCUGAAUAAAGGUCAUUUUGGAGAAGA